UUUUGCAACACUCUUUACCUCAACCAGCUGUUUGGCCGUUGCAGCACGUAGCGCGUGUUUUUUACAUAAAUUGACUAUAUUAUCAAUUAAAAAGCAACUAAAAUGUCGCUUAUAACGCGCGUGCUAAACGGCAACUUGCCGCUGCGCAUCAAUGUCAUCAACACGUUGCGUCAGUUGCAAUGCGGCUACAGCUCGCAUGCCAAGUAUGCGGAGCACAAACCCAUCGAACGCAUACGCAACAUUGGCAUCUCGGCGCACAUUGACAGCGGCAAAACAACCCUGACCGAACGUAUCCUUUUCUACACCGGACGCAUUGCGGAAAUGCACGAGGUGCGUGGCAAGGACAAUGUUGGCGCCACCAUGGACAGCAUGGAGCUGGAACGGCAACGUGGCAUCACCAUCCAAUCAGCUGCCACUUACACCAUGUGGAAGGACACCAACAUCAAUAUCAUCGAUACUCCUGGUCACGUGGACUUUACUGUGGAAGUGGAGCGUGCUCUGCGUGUCCUGGACGGUGCUGUUCUGGUGCUUUGCGCCGUGGGUGGUGUACAGAGUCAAACGCUGACAGUGAACCGGCAAAUGAAACGCUACAACGUACCCUGCUUGGCGUUUAUCAAUAAGCUGGAUCGUUUGGGCUCGAAUCCGUAUCGUGUGUUGUCGCAAAUGCGUUCCAAGAUGAAUCACAAUGCUGCCUUCAUACAGCUGCCCAUUGGCGUAGAGAGUAAUUGCAAGGGCAUUGUGGAUCUGGUUCAGCAACGUGCCAUAUACUUUGAGGGUGAACACGGCAUGGAUAUUCGCCUAGAUGAAAUACCGCAAGAUAUGCGCGUGGAAAGCGAUGAACGGCGACAAGAACUCAUCGAGCAUCUGUCCAAUGCUGAUGAGACGUUGGGGGAACUGUUCCUGGAGGAGAAACCCUUCACGGAGGCGGACAUCAAGGCAGCGCUGAGAAGAACUUGCAUUAAACGCACUUUUACACCUGUCUUGGUGGGAACAGCUCUCAAGAACAAGGGCGUGCAACCGUUGCUCGAUGCUGUCAUCGAUUAUUUGCCCAAUCCCGGAGAGGUAGAGAAUCUGGCUUAUAUCGAGCAGGAGGGCAAGGACCGCCAACAAUUUGUGUUGAACCCGGCGCGCGACGGCAAGGAACCCUUUAUGGGUUUGGCCUUCAAACUGGAGGCAGGUCGCUUCGGUCAACUGACAUAUCUGCGUUGCUACCAAGGUAUGCUCCGCAAGGGCGACAACAUCUUCAAUGCGCGCACAAACAAAAAGGUGCGAAUUGCUCGUCUGGUGCGUUUACACUCCAAUCAAAUGGAGGAUGUCAACGAGGUCUAUGCUGGUGACAUUUUCGCCUUGUUUGGCGUCGAUUGUGCUUCGGGUGAUACUUUCACCACAAAUCCCAAGAAUAACAUGUCCAUGGAAUCCAUAUUUGUGCCUGAACCAGUUGUCUCCAUGGCCAUCAAGCCAAACAACACCAAGGAUCGUGAUAAUUUCUCCAAGGCCAUUGCACGCUUCACCAAAGAGGAUCCCACAUUUCAUUUCUACUUCGACAACGAUGUCAAAGAGACACUUGUCUCGGGCAUGGGCGAAUUGCAUCUGGAGAUCUAUGCACAGCGCAUGGAACGUGAAUAUGGUUGCCCAGUGACGCUGGGCAAACCAAAGGUCGCCUUCCGUGAGACGCUUGUUGGUCCCUGCGAGUUUGACUAUCUGCACAAGAAGCAAUCGGGUGGAUCUGGACAAUAUGCGCGCAUUAUUGGCAUCAUGGAACCCUUGCCACCAAAUCAAAAUACCCUGCUCGAGUUUGUAGAUGAAACGGUGGGAACCAAUGUACCCAAACAGUUUGUGCCCGGUGUGGAGAAGGGCUAUCGUGAAAUGUCCGAGCGUGGCAUGUUGUCUGGACACAAAUUGUCGGGCAUUCGCUUCCGCCUUCAGGAUGGUGGUCACCAUAUUGUGGACUCUAGCGAGUUGGCAUUUAUGCUGGCCGCUCAUGGCGCCAUUAAGGAAGUGUUCCACCAGGGCGCUUGGCAAAUUCUGGAGCCCAUUAUGUUGGUCGAGGUUACGGCGCCUGAGGAGUUCCAGGGCGCUGUUAUGGGACACUUAAGCAAGCGACAUGGUAUCAUCACGGGCACCGAGGGCACUGAAGGUUGGUUCACCGUCUAUGCGGAGGUUCCACUCAACGAUAUGUUUGGCUAUGCCAGCGAGCUCCGCUCGAGCACGCAAGGUAAGGGCGAGUUCACCAUGGAGUACUCACGCUAUUCCCCAUGUCUGCCCGAUGUUCAGGAUCAGAUCGUGCGUCAAUAUCAAGAAUCCCAGGGUCUUUCGCAUCCCGAGAAGAAGAAAAAGAAGAACUAAACCAAAACUCUCGCUUAGCUUAAUUUUUUAGUGUUUAAAGUCAAUUGAAUAAUUGUAAUUUAUGCAUCAAAUCUUUAGUUUUUACUGUGAUACAUCACUGACAAUUUGUACAGAUUUUUUUUGCGUGAAUAAAAGCAAAAAGUAAGCGCAAAUUUUAAAUUCAA